AUGAAGAAGGGCAAGAAGAAAAAGUCAGAGUCCAGGCGCCGCGGCUCCACCUCGCAGCGUGCCAGCUCUGAAUCCACCCCACAGCAGCAGAGCUCUGAAUCCAGUUCACAGCAGCCCAUCUCUGGAUCCACCCCGCAGCUGUCCAGCCCGGGGCCCACCCCACAACCACAACACAAUGAAUCCACCGGCCAGCAGCCUGGGCCCCAGGCUCUUCCAGCUCCUGAAGUCAGCCACUCGGCUGGGGGCGUCUUGUCCCCAGACACUGACACGAAAGCAUCCCCUCAAUCCAAGAAAACAGGGCCUCUGACUCGAGCGGGCCCGCGCGCCUUCUGUUCCUGCUCCACCUGCCCCGGCAGCUUGGCUUGCUGGCGUCGUCUGGGCCUGUGUCAUAGCCGCAUCUUCGAUGUCCUUCUGCCUCGGGCCUGGCCAAGCAUGCCAGGGAGAGCAUUCCCAAACCUCCUCACCUUCUACAGAAGACCUACAAGAAAACAUUCCGCUCAUCGUAAUUCGCAUGCUCCAAGCCCUCGGGACUGUUGCUGUGGCUCUGGGGGCCCUGGGAGCUGCCUACUACAUCAUUGAAUCCCUGUGAACAAGUCCCCAGGCCUG